AUGGAGCCUCCUCCUGGUCUUCGCCGACAGGGGGAGAACGUUGUAUGUCGGCUCAACAAAUCUCUCUAUGGUCUCAAACAGGCUUCCAGAAACUGGUUUUCCACCUUUUCAGAUACCAUUCAAAAGGCCGGUUAUCAACAGUCUAAAGCUGAUUAUUCUCUUUUUACCAAGGCUGAAGGCACUUCAUUUACUGCAGUUCUUAUCUAUGUUGAUGACAUACUUCUCACAGGAAAUAAUCUUCAAGAAAUGGAACGUCUCAAAAAGUUCCUUCUCAAUCGCUUCCGCAUCAAAGAUCUUGGAGAUUUGAAAUAUUUUCUGGGCAUUGAAUUCUCUCGUUCCAAGAAAGGUAUUUUCAUGUCUCAAAGAAAGUACGCACUUGAUAUUUUGCAGGAUUCAGGACUUCUAGGCGCACGCCCAGACAAGUUCCCAAUGGAACAGAAUUUGAAACUCACUCCCACAGAUGGAGAAUUACUGAAUGAUCCAACCAAAUACAGGAGACUGGUUGGCCGAUUGAUCUACCUUACUGUCACAAGGCCUGAUAUAGUCUAUCCUGUUCGAACACUAAGUCAAUUCAUGCAUCAGCCUCGCAGACCUCAUUGGGAUGCCGCCAUACGGGUCCUUAAAUACCUCAAGGGGACUCCAGGUCAGGGUUUGUUAUUUUCUGCCACCAACAAUCUUACAUUAAAAGCUUUUUGUGAUUCAGACUGGGGAGGUUGUCGUGCGACAAGGAGAUCAGUUACAGGAUACUGUGUUUUUCUUGGAAAUUCACUCAUCUCAUGGAAAUCCAAGAAACAAACCAAUGUUUCAAGAUCAUCAGCAGAAGCUGAAUAUCGAGCUAUGGCCAACACAUGUUUGGAGUUGACUUGGUUACGCUUUAUACUACAGGAUUUAAAAGUCCCACAGAUAGCUCCUGCACCAUUGUUUUGUGAUAAUCAGUCAGCUUUGUAUAUUGCCGCUAAUCCCGUUUUCCAUGAGCGUACAAAGCACAUCGAAAUUGAUUGUCACAUAGUUCGAGAAAAACUACAAGCUGGAAUAAUUAGUCCUUCGUAUGUACCUACACACUUCCAAUUGGCAGAUAUUUUUACGAAGGCCUUAGGGAAUGAUCAAUUUGUGACAUUGCGCGACAAGUUGGGACUUCAUGAUAUUCACUCUCCAACUUGA